AGGGAGUACUAUCUAGCCACCAAUCCUCAGAGGAAACUUCAUGAAGACUACCAGCAGUUUCUAAGGGCACUGCGUUGUGUCGGUUGUAGCAAAGUGGAGUUUAAAGACGACUCAUUUUCACGUAAGAAAAGCUUACGUGUCCUGGAACUCAUAGGGAGCUCCGUGCGGAAGCUACCAGACUCCAUCUGUCAACUGAGCCAUCUGGGGUAUCUUAAGAUAUCAGAAUUCACUGGACUGAUUACUCUGCCAGAGUCCUUUGGGCAUCUGAAAAAUCUGUUCCACAUUGACUUAUCAGGCUGCUCUGAUCUACUAAACCUGCCGGAGUCAUUCGGGAAGCUAAUAUGCUUAGUUCAUGUCAACUUAUCAGGCUGCUACGGGUUACUAAACCUACCUGAAUCGGUUGGGAAGCUUGUCAAUCUGGUGCACAUCAAUUUGUCAAGCUGCUCUCGGCUUGCAAAUCUUCCCGAAUCAUUUGGGGAUCUUUUGAACUUGUCCCAUGUCAAUCUGUCACGCUGCCAUGGACUGGCAGAGCUUCCGGAACCGCUCCAGAAGCUAGGCAAACUGAUACACCUGGAUUUAUCAUUCUGGUCUUGUUUUGAAGGGAUUGGGGAACGCCUUGGUAGGCUCAUCCAUCUCGAGCAUUUGAACGUGUCGCACCCUUGCUGUCAUCUUCCUCAACACCGCUCUCAUCUCCAAGGGCUAAAGGAUGGUCUGUGCAAGCUCACCAACCUCCGGUAUCUGAACUUGUCAGCGUGCCUGAAUCCUAUCUUUUACUACCAUGGAGAGUCACAAGAGGACAAUCUCAAAUACCUUGGAGAGUGUGUCAGCGGUCUUUCCAGCCUAGAACAUUUGGACCUGUCUCAUCACACAUUUCUUUUUGGUCUGCCUGCGAGUCUAGGUGACCUCAACCACCUGCACACACUUGAUCUCUCAGGCUGCAUCAGACUCAAGAAGGUUGGUGAAAUGAAGCCUCUCAAGGUUAUAGAUCUGAGGAAGUGCCGGGGUCUAGAGAGUUGCCAAUUUGUGGUUCACAUUGUUGACGAUGAGAAUGCGUAUAGCAGCAGCAACAUUGUUCAGCUGGAGGUGGUAAGUUGCCAAGAGCUCCAGAUAAGCUGCCUAGAAAAGGUCAAGUCUAAAGAUGAAGCACAGAGAUUCAAAUUGAUGGAGAAACAUAAGCUUCAAAAAUUGAAGCUUUCUUGGACUUUGGACACUGUCGGGCGAGUGGAGCACAGUGCUUUGUUGAGGCAAUUAGUGCCACCACCUAAUCUGCAGUGCCUUGAGGUUAACGGUUACGCCGGAACAUGCCUCCCGGAGUACUUGGGUGAGCUCAACUCUCUCCAGGAACUCAAGAUCGUCCGCUGCAGGCACCUCAACGCGUUACCGGAUAGCAUGCAGAAACUCACCAGCCUCAAGGAUCUGUGUAUUUUUGACUGUCCGGAAUUGGACAAGUGGUGUCAGGUUGAGGAGAACAAGAAAUUGCUGGCGCAGAUUCCCAACAAAAAUUAUGAGGAACCUGCUAGUACUAGCAGGCAGGAGAUUGUGGAGGAUGAGACAUCGGGCAACGAGGUGGAGGCGGCAUAGGAAGAUGCAGUGGCAAUGGAUUGUGUUUGUUGUGAUGAAAUUUUUUUGCAGUAGAAUGAAAAAAAUUACCAGCUAUUCUUGUAACGUAUGUUCGCCUGAAAACUCUUUCAGGCAGCAAAACAUGAUGAUUUGAUUUUGGACAGCUUCUUUCCGCAUUCUGUACAAUUAAUCAUUUAAUCCGAGAUCUUGAGCGUAAUUUAUAUGCUGUGUAAUGCUCAGUUGAACCCUUGAAUCUUGCCACGUUUGUCACCCAAUGUAAGUAAGUUCAUACUACUGGGCAUGUGCUAUAAAAUUCGGUUUGGUAAUAUUUCAGUUCUUUUUUUUUUAGGAACCGGCAGGAGCACUGCCUUUUUCUUAUAGAAGAGAUGGCGAAAGGACGCAAUUUACAGAGGGCGAGCGUUUUUAGGGAACGUCGCAGAAACCACAAAAAGACCGACCUAGAAACUAGAUUAACAAAUGCCUGCGGUUGGCAGGCUGCCAGCAAACGCCAGGUCACGCUGAUUGAUUGCGUCUAGGGCGAGAGCCGCCACCUCGCGAUGCGCCAGCCUCUGUCCAGUGAACACCCGCCUAUUUCGCUCCUUCCAUAUCGACCAUAUCGUGUAGAUGAUUCU